AUGUCCGAAUCCAGCUCCACUUCCAGACGAAGACCUCUUCGCGGCUCGGCCCCAGGAAACCUCACCUACUACCGCGAUCCAGCGUUUUCUCCGCAAUCGCUCGACUCAGAGCCUCCAUAUUCGGGGCCCCUGUCAAGUUCGGUUGAUCUAUCGCCAAAAGACUACAUGACCACAAACAAUAUCCAGACGAAUUCUUUACCGGAGGGUGAGGGUGAGUACUGUCCCUAUGGAUGCUGUUUGAUCGAAUCCCCCACCGAUUAUUUCUAUAAGCGCGGGUUUCUAGAGGGGGCCUAUUCUGACGUGACCAUAAUGGCCUUUGGAACAUCGUAUUCGCUCCACAGACUAAUUUUGGACCGCAGCGACUACUUCCAAAGUCUGUUCAAAUGGCCUGCCGACGAGGAUUCCGAGUACCGCAACCGAUUCGUGCUGGAGUUCGACGACCCGCGCAUAACACAAACCAGUUUCGAAUUGGCCAUAUCCAGACUAUACGGCACAGUCAACUCAUCAGAAGAAAAGAAAAUCCCGUACAACAUGAUCGCAGUCGGCCAGUACCUGGCCAUCAACGAGGCGGUUUGUACCGCCACGGAUUACAUUGUGAAAAACAUGAACAUGUCAAACAUCUCCGAUAUCAUGAAAUUUGCAGUCACCAACAACUACGGUUCUGCCAGUGAGCGAAUUAUCCAGAACGGUAAGGGAAUACUGUCCAUUGACGGCUGGGAGGUGGGUGUCGAGGCCUGGGACGAGAUCCCGGUGUCUGUUAUUGCCGAGGUUGUUGGCGAGAACUACUUCUUUGUGCCAACCGAAUGGGACCGGUGUAUUUUCAUCAUCAAACUGCUUGAGCGCCGAAUCGAGGCCGGAUUCGACAGCGAAGAUAUCUUGCCGAUCAAGACAGUUCUCAACGACAAAAUCCAUUACUGCCAUAUGAGCCCCGAACAGUUGCAGGAACUCGAAUCUUACUCCGAUGUGUAUGGCAACACCUAUAUCGACUCGCAGGUUCUUCAUAAGGCUCUGUGGCAGGCGGUUUACUUGCAAAGACAGGUUCUGCACUCGUCCUCGUCGAACAUUGCCUCCACAGUGACGACGGCUGCGCCGCCAACCGCUGACUCCAAGUGGUUCAAGGUUCCGAUCAAGGAUGCCACGAUUUCCGGGCUCCCAGCCGAUCUCGACAAGAAAACGCACGAUGUCCUAAGCUCGUCGCCAACUCCCGCAUCCAACGAGAACGGGAAGUCCACGCAAGAUGAAAGCCCGAGGAUCGAACGACUGUACAAUUGGACAUCAAUUCCUCCAUUCCGGUUCUCCAUUGCCUUUGCUAACGUUUCGGACCUACUCACCGAGAAGAGACUGUAUGGCACAACGUUUUGGUAUGCUGGCUCAUAUUGGAACCUGUACCUGCAAAAGAACCGUCUCCAGCUGAAAAACACCUAUCAAAUAGGAGCGUAUCUCCAUAGGGCCAACAACGGCAACUCGACCCCGGCAUCCAAGCACGGCCUGAUAAAUCCAGAUGUUUACGCAGGAAAUAUCAACUACCAGUCCAUGCCAAGAAAACGGUCCCAACAAAUGAACAUGGGCUCAGACGGGUCGAUCUCGCUUUCCGGUAGCAACCUGCACGGCGCAGAGGAGAAAGAGAACGUUCAGGAUGAUUCGCUUUUGAGCUUGAACGAGCUCUCAUUUUCUGACGGAUCGGCUCAAACAUCAAGAAGCCCAGUCACGGACGGACGUUCGUUCCUGACAUACGAGGACCAAAGAAGCAUGAUAAAAGUGUAUUUUAUCAUAUUCACUCCAUCAAGACGCGAAAGGCCUACAAUUACGUCGUUUCUUUCUGUUCCCAACGACUUUCACAAGUCGCAGAGCUGGGGAUGGAAGAGCAAUAGCAUGUGUGUUUUCAACGAUGACGGAACGUUCCCCGAGGGACACGACCGGCACCUCAAGUUUAUGAUUGUUUUAGGAAACAUCUAA